UGGAAAGCACAGGUCCCACUCAGAGCACAAUCCAAGCAAUUCCCUCUCCCCAUCCCAUAAACCAUCAUCACCAUGGAUGGUAAGGGAGCCCAUUUAGCUUUUAAGUCACGCUGGCGCAAGACGGACGAGGAGCUCUGUCGGCACAGCAUGUCUUUUAUCCUGCACAAGGCCAUACGAACAGAUUUCUUUCAGAGUUACCUCUACCUACUGGAGCGGCUUCCCCUCGUGAAACUUUAUGCUUUAACGAGCGAAGUGAUCAACGGCGAGAUGCAGUUCUAUGCCAGAGCCAAACAUUUCUAUCGGGAGGUGCCAGCGACAGAAGAGGGCAUGAUGGGAGAUUACAUUGAGUUGUCCAGUACGGACAUUGAAUCCUCCAGGGAAUUUCUUAGGAAGUUUAUUGGGGGCCCUGGGAAAGCUGGCACUGAGUGUGCCCUCGACUGUGGUUCUGGGAUUGGACGGGUCACUAAGCAUGUCCUCUUGCCAGUUUUCAAGAGUGUGGAACUGGUGGAUAUGAUGGAGAAUUUCCUGGCUGAGGCCCAGAACUAUUUACAGGGCAAGAAGGACAGAGUAAAGAUGUACUAUUGCUACAGCCUCCAGGAAUUCACUCCAGCCCCCCAAAAAUAUGAUGUCAUCUGGAUACAGUGGGUUUCAGGAUACCUAACGGAUAAAGAUCUCCUGGAGUUUCUUAUCCGGUGUCAAAAUGGCUUGAAGGAUAACGGCAUUGUCAUUCUCAAGGACAAUGUGGCCCGAGAAGGCUGUAUCAUGGACCCAUUGGACAGCAGCGUGAUCCGAGAUCUGAGCAUCCUCCAGAGCCUCGUUGAGAAAAGUGGAUUCACCAUCCUGCAGCAGGAGAGGCAGGAGGGCUUCCCUGAGCAGUGUGUCCCCGUCUGGAUGUUGGCCAUGCAGAAGGUCCCUGGCCUACCCUGAAAGGGGUUGUGUGUGGAUAUGAAGCCCCUGAAACAUGACUGAUGCUCAGGACUUGCGAUGAGAGGAAGAAGAGAAAAUGUCUGCUAAAAUCCCACUAUUAGUGUAGCUCUAUUACUACAGCUACAGGGCUCUGC